CUGCCCAACAAAAUGCCUGCUUCUCUGAGGAAUCCCGCUGUUCUUCACAUGCUCUCUAAUAUCAUCUUUUCAUAUCCACUUUCUCUUCCAUGUUGAAAAAAGUAAGUGGACAGACUGGAUUCUGCAAAGAUCUUUGGACAUUUAAAUAUCCUCGACCGGCGCGAAAAGAGGCGGCCUGACCUUGGAAGUGGGACGGGGUCCUGCAACGGGUCCUUCCGGCGGGUGACAUUCAGCCGGCCGUUCCGGGCGACGGACUUCGCAUCCCAGAACCAUGGCCCAAUUUGUCCGUAACCUUGUGGAGAAGACCCCGGCUCUGGUGAACGCUGCUGUGACUUACUCGAAGCCUCGAUUGGCCACAUUUUGGUACUACGCCAAGGUUGAGCUGGUUCCUCCCACCCCUGCUGAGAUCCCUAGAGCUAUUCAGAGCCUGAAAAAAAUAGUCAAUAGUGCUCAGACUGGUAGCUUCAAACAGCUCACAGUUAAGGAAGCUGUGCUGAAUGGUGUGGUGGCCACUGAGGUGUUGAUGUGGUUUUAUGUUGGAGAGAUCAUAGGCAAGCGUGGCAUCAUUGGCUAUGAUGUUUGAAGACCAAUCUUUAACAUCUGGUUAUAUUUGAUUUAUUAUUUGAGUGUUGUUGGACCAUGUGUGAUCAGACUGCUAUCUGAAUAAAAUAAGAUUUGUCAAAACUCAGUGUUUUUUCCAUCAAAUACUCCAUGAAAGGUCACACUUUCUCUUGAUAUUAAGCUGGGUUGUCUUUAAACAACUCUAAAUGCACAUCUGUUUAGCCCAAAAUUAGAAAGGAUAUAUGUGGCGAUAUUAACCUGGUACAUGAAUAUAUGGGGAUAACAUUUUAAUUUAAAGGUUUGGAAUAUAUAUAUUUAAGCUUUAUUUCCAGAACAGUGAGGGUUAGGUCUUGGGAAAACUAGAAUUUGCCACAGUAGGAGAAAUGGUAGUACCAUAUGCCAGUGAUAGAGAUGAAUCGUGUCAGUGGUUAGAAAGAGUAACAUUUCAACUGUUUGUCUUUGCUAAAAUCAUAGAAAGACCCUAUUAACAACAUCUAUGUCUGUAAAAAUGUUAGAGUACUUGUCAUCUUGAAUAUAGCCUCCCCCAGAGAGAACAGGGUGGUAUUCUAAGUAUGUAUCUUUCUAACAUCUUUAACAGUAGGACAGAGCCCUACAUUAGAAAUCUGAUUUUGAUGUGUGUUAUUCGUUUGUCUGGUUUUACUGCCUUCGCAAAAACAAAAUGCCCUACAGAUAUUUCAACGAGGUUACAAUUUAGCAUCUUCCUGGGAUCUAAAUAGUAUAUUACAUCCUGAAGUAAAUGAAAUGAUUG